UCUUGCCUUUGCUCCUGGCCUUGUUUCUGGUCUUGCCUCUGGUCUUCUCCCUCGGUCUGGUCUGGUCCUGCCAUUGCUCCCCAAGCAUUGGCCCCCUGCCGAUCCGCUUCCCCGCUGCCCUCUGCGUCUGCCUUGUCGUCCAUCCCCUCUCCCGCUUCCUGCUCUGCCGGCCCUCGCUGCCCAGCAUGCUCUCGCCGGAUCAGGUCGAUUCUAUUAGCUCCGUUUCUAUGCAUGUCUUGGGCCACCCCGAGGCAUCGUCGGCCACAUCCGUGCCCUCCCUCCCCGUCCCUCACUUUCCUCCUGCUAUGGGCGUCUCGCCUCUCGACGUUGCCCAGCAUUCUGCGAUCCUCGGUGUCCUCAAUACCGCCAGCAGCCAGAUCGAGCUGGCCUCUGUCCAAAUGCCCGGCCAGCCCGCCGCCGCCCAUGGACCGACCCCCGCCAAGUCCGUUGCCCAGGCAAAGCCAAUCCAGUGGGUCAACUUUGAUCCCGGAAGCAGCAAAGGCAAGGCCCGUCGCCGCACUACUCCCGAGCAGCUGAAUGUCCUCGAGGACUCGUACAAGCGCAACAACAAGCCCAACCUAAACGAGCGCCAGAAACUGGCCCACGACUUGCAGCUGACCAACCGCCGAGCCAAGGACAAGAAGGCCUCCAACACCUCGGCCCAGAGCCUCGGUGGGAGCGACUCGAAGGAAUCGACUCCCUUCAGCUGUGCGUCCUCGGAUAUCUCAGAAUACGUUCCCCCCUCGCCCGCUGCCCUCACAACACCGGCCGUGCCAUCGUCCUUCACUCCCACGAUCCACGACAUCACCACUCGGUCGUCCGGUCAUGGCGCUGCCGGCCUUCAGGGCACCGCACUCUCGCCUGCAGCGACCGCAUCGCUGCUCAAGCGGCUGACCUCGGUCUCAGCGGCUGGUACCAGCCUGUCGCCGCCUCCCGAUUCCACAGUAGCCCUGCUCGCUGCCUCCUCCGCUGCUGCCGCCCUGGCCGCUUCAUCGGUACUGGCAUCGACAUCGCCAGCAUUGGCAUCAGCAUCGCCGGUAUCUCUCCCGACGCCUCUGCUCACUCCCACACCGGCACCUGCCUCGGUCUACGUCGGUUCGUUUGUUUCGGUCCUUCCCCAGCGCCCAGCCAACAUGGAGCCUGCCGCCGCCGCCGGUGUGUGUGCACUGAGUACCCGCCCGAACCCAGACUUCAGCCAGACUCCCAAAAAGAACCGCCGGUCACCCCCACAUUUGCUCCAGCUGGCCCAGGUGGCUGAGCUUCCCAUGAGUCCACUGCAGUUGAUGACGCCACUGAGCCAGGAGGCAUCUUCGCCCGUCGAUGACAUUGCCGGCCUCGCGUCGCGCGAGCUGAAUCUGCAUCCCUCCGAGUCCCCUCUGUCGACAGAGCUGUCUCAAGCCGCCGAGCUCGAUGGCAAUGUAGCUGUCAAGUGCGAGCCUCCAGCCGAGCCCGCCGAGCCCGUGUUGCCCCUUCCAGUCAAGCGCCUGAGCGCACCCAAGAGCCGCAAGUCGGCCACAGAGAUAUCAAAGCGGCUUACGACCCGCUCCAGCGGAGCCAAAAAGGCUGGCAGCAAGCUUGCCAAGCCGCAACGCAGCUCCUCGGACGAGUGUAGCACCGAUCUUGGCUGCAGCACCGACGGCGCUGGCUCCACUGCUGCGACGGCCGACGACGGCAACAUGCACGAGACUAAGGCGUCCAUCGAAAAGUUUACCCAGCUGGUCGAGGGACUGCACUCGUCCAUCAUCAAAGGCGCCACCGCUGUGCCGGAUCCGCUGUAUUCCAGAGCGAAUAUUGCCACCGAGUUCGAAAUCUCUCUGGGCCAAGAUCAUGCUGAGCACAAUCUGCUCACAAGCAGCGACGCUGUGUGGCUGCCUUCCACAGAGAUUUCGGAGCGCCACAGCCAAAACAGGCUUUUGGACUACUCGGCCCCGGGCACUCCUGGCGAGGGCGAAUAUGCCCCCAACUCGUCGCUGGCGUCCCGGUCUUCGUCGCCUAUCGCCGACGAUUCCUUCGACGCCAGCCAAGUCUCCAGCAUCGAGUCGAUUCCCGGCCUCAACGACUUCCUGUCCAGCCCCGAAGAGCAGGGCCUGCUGGCGGCUGCCAAGCUCUUUGACUCGGAGCCCCCGCUGCCCGCCAAAGGCAUGCAGCUUCACAUGCCGGACGAUUUUGACUAUCGUCCGCCCCAGCCGCGCGACUUUAGCGUUGUCCAGCGCAACAACGGAUCAGUUCAGCGGUCUGGCCUGGCCGCCGUCCGGCUUUCCUUCCGCCACAUCACCCCACCCAACCGGCGAUCCUCGCCGUCCUCGGAACCGCUGUCGCCGCUGACCAGCUCGCCGCCCGUCCCCGAUCUACCGCCAGUCGAUACAGACAAGCUCUUUGUGUACCGCUGGCCAGCGAUCUGCUAGCGCACAACGACGUCGCUGCUGGGUAUUAUCUUAUCGGCGCAACUCUGCUUCUGAAUGGCGCCGUCCGAUCACUGCUGCAGAAUCGAAUCUCUGAGGCCACACACACCUUGCUCUCAUCAUCCCCCCUCCAUCAAGCACGCCUCCGACUUGGAUCCGCGAUUCUGCUCGGCCUCUUGCUCGCUCCCUGUUGCGAGACGAUCCUCGACAGAGCUCCCGUCGUCCCGGACGUUUAUUGGCGCCCUGCACCACCGAGGAUGGCACGAGCAGAGUCAUGGACCUGGGUUGACCCAGAGCUGCUUGCACUUGCUGUAUUUUCCCAGUUCCACUCAGGGCCCGGAAUCUUCCCCCCCCCUUCCGCACCCAAGACGGGCUGGAGUUUUGAAAUCUGUCUGUGUAUAUUCUUUUCUUUUUUUUUUCUGUUCGUGCCCACAAUACAAAUGUCGGUGCAGCCAUCUGCACCCUGUGUAA